UUUAAAUCUUCUUUUUUACAAUUUGUUGCUUUUUUUUUGAUUGUUGUACCUUUUUUGGGACCCUGGGUGACCCCAAAAACUACAACAUAAACUUGGUGAAACAAGUGUUUACGAAAUGACGUUAAGAACCCGGGCAUUGGUAUUCUCCACAUUUUUCGGCAGCUGCAUAGCUAUAGGUCUAUUGCUGGUCAGCUUGACCACGAAUAGUUGGGUGAAGGCAACUCCUAAGAAACGUAACUCUGAGGCAUCCAGGGGCGAUGUUAAUUAUGGCUUAUUUUAUGGCAACAAGUAUUUGGAUUCCGGAUUUGGUGUACGCAGUAAUCCCGUUGAAGUUUACACCUUCAUGCAAACUCAACCAGACACCAUGAACUUUUGGCUUUGGCUUAUAACAGCUUUAGGUACGGGAUUUGGUUUACUAAGCUGUGCCAUUUCAGCCAUAGCUGCUGUAGUUAAAGCAGCCUCGGCCUCUAAAAAACCUGGCACAAUGUUUGUGCUAAUUGCCUCAAAUAUCUCAUCAGCUGCCAGUCAAGUUGUUGCCUUUAUCUGUUGGCUUAUACAAUUCUAUCAAUAUUUACAGCACAAUGUGUUGGCGGUGGAGGACCACAAGCACAACUGGUAUAGUCAUGGUUUGGCCUCAUUGGGUUACAGUUUUUAUAUGGUCAUCAUAUCAACUCUAGUCGUGUUAAUCAAUUUAAUAAUUCUGUUGUAUGCCAGACAUUGUGAACAUCGCUAUCGCCAAAGUCUGGAGCCACCAAGUGAGGAAAAGAAUCAAAGUGCUAUAAUGUUGUAUUAACCGAACAAUGUACUUAAAUAAUUAAAUUCAUUGCAACGUUUAAGUUCAUUAUGAUCGCUUUAAAAAAAAGAACAAUGUCAAUCCAAACAAACAAACUUUGUACAAUUUAAUGAAUAUAUUGCCUUUAUGCUUUUUUUCACUUUGUGAUUAAAGUAAAGAAUCUCGUAAAUUACUCAUACUUACUACAUAUUUGUAUAAUACAUACUUAAAUUUCUUUAUAAACUUGUUUAUCACUAAAUUUUUAGUUAAAAUUAUAUUCCAAGUAUUACUUAAUUUACUUUAUUAAGCAAUAGUUUUUAAAUGUUUUUCUUUUCUUUUUUUAAAUCUAAAAAAAGUUUAAUUCUAAUUUAUAUUUUUAAAUACUUGCGCAUUUACUACGUUUUACUUACUUAAAUCUUUAACAAAUCUCAUAUAAACUACUAUAUGUAUACAUUUUUAUAUUUUUGAUUUUAUUUUUAUUUAAACCAUUGCAUCUUUUAAACAAAACUGUACUGUAAUCAAACAGUUUGUUUUAUUGUAAUAAAAUGGUAUUUAAGUCAUUUUAAAAUGUUAAGUUUUUGAAUAAAAUAUUUUAAGAAAAGUAA